AUUGUUCUGAAAUGAAUUCUUUACACGUCGUAAAACUAUCAUUGACAAUGUUUUAUGGAUAAUGAUAGUGUGUUUCUUGUCACCACAAUUAAAAACCCUAUUUAAAACCUGAAUAUGUGCAAUUUUCAUGUCUCCACUGCAUAUAUUGAUGAUGCUGGAUUUCGUCAAGCAGCAUUGCAAGAAUUAUUCAGAAUACAUCUUGAAGCAGCGCACGCCGUGCAGCAAAGCUGUGCCUUCGCGGACAUCGUCAUUCCCAUAAAUCAUGAGAUUAAAACAUUUGUCAAGAAUUGUCGCAGUACAGAGUUCUCACGACUUUUCAAAUCGUUGGAAACAAAAUUACAGGAGCAGGCUGCUUAUGCAAGAGGAAUUUUGAAUAGUACCGAUGUAGAUCUGACUAAUGUAGCAUUAAUGAAACACUUGGAGAGACGCUUCCAAGCUCCAGAUGCUCCACUGACAAAAUUUUAUAAUUCAUGGCAAAAGGUGUGGAAAUUACGAGAGGAUGCAUUAAAUCCGGUGGAUGUAAAACCUGUGCAGCAGCCGGCUCGUCCAAAUCUUGAACAGAAUGCAACAGCGGCAAUGAAAACGAAACCAGUAGUUGUGGUGAAUACCAAAAAAAUCAAAAAGAGUAAUUUGAAACAAGCAAAGCGGAAAUUUGAAAGUAUACUGGUUAAUGAAGGUGACGAAGAUGUUCUGGAAGAUUUAAUGCUUUCUGAUGCUGAAGAUUGA